UGGGAAGACCUGCAAAAUACAGAAAAGUAAAAAAUGUAGCUUUAAUUCCUCAUAGGUUUCAUCUAAGUUAUCGUCAUCAGAGCAAACUAAUCACAGUAAGAAAACAGCAACAGAUUCUUACAGCUUCUCUUUGGACUUGCUGUUUCUGCACUUAGGGAUGAGGUGUAUACCCUACUGCCAGCUCAGGGUCCCCUGGACUGUGCCCACAGCAAGUUUCAAGUCCCAGGCAAGAUUUUGCUUUGGUCUAUGAAUCCUGGUGUAUUGCUCUGAGUUCAGGUUCUUGGUGUAAUUCUGUACUGAUUCCUGUUUUGCUUGUUACAAGCCUUCCAGUGUUUCUGAGGUACCAGCAUGUUGCUGACUGAUAAACUUUACAAGCUUUAAUCCACACUGCUUCUUCAGCCUAAUACUUGAUGAUGGAAGAUCCAAAGAAACAGUUGAACCAGAAAGACCCAUCAAAGCCAAAUAAUUCAGCUAACACGUUUUGUAACCAGUGUGUUUCUCAGAAGCAAUAAGAUUAUGUGGAUCAGCUGGUAUGCUUUGUGUUUGGUGAAAAGAAGCUUAUUUAAAUUAAGAGAGCCAGAAAAUCUGUGUCUCAGUCCAGAAGGAAGAUGGGUUCCCCAGAAGACCCUGACUAUCCUCAAAUCAUUGUGCAAUACAGCAAUGGAUUUUUAAUCUCAAAGGUUAUGUUCACUGCCUGUGAGUUGGGGGUGUUUGAUCUUCUUCUGGAGUCAGGAAAGCCUCUGUCUUCAGAUACCAUUGCUGCAGGUCUGGGUGCCAGCACCAUGGGGAUGAAAAGACUGCUGGAUGCCUGUGUGGGAUUGAAGCUCUUGGCAGUAGAGAUGACACAAGAAGGAGCCCUCUACAGAAACACAGAAAUUUCCAAUGUCUACCUUACAAAAUCAAGUCCAAAGUCUCAGUAUCAUAUUAUGAUGUAUUAUUCAAACACAGUCUACUUGUGCUGGCAGUACCUGGCUGAUGCUGUGAGAGAAGGAAGAAACCAAUAUGAAAGAGCUUUUGGUGUUUCAUCUAAAGACCCUUUUGGAGCAAUGUACAGAUCAGAUGAAGAAAUGCUAAAAUUCAUGGCUGGCCAGAACUCAAUAUGGAGUAUAUGUGGCAGAGAUGUUCUUGCUGCAUUUGACCUUUCCCCUUUCACGCAGAUCUAUGACCUGGGAGGAGGUGGAGGAGCUUUGGCCCAAGAGUGUGUUUCUUUAUAUCCAAGUUCUACCGUCACAAUUUAUGACCUGCCCGAAGUUGUGCAGGUGGCCAAAGAACAGUUUGUUUCCCCCGAGGAGCGUCAGAUCACUUUCCAUGAAGGAGACUUCUUUAAUGAUUCAAUACCUGAAGCUGAACUGUAUAUUUUAUCCAAGAUACUGCAUGAUUGGGAUGAUGACAAAUGCAAACAACUGCUGGCAAAAGUCUACAAAGCUUGCAAACCUGGUGGGGGAGUGCUGCUGGUUGAAUCCCUUCUGAAUGAAGAUAAAAGUGGGCCUGUAGAAACCCAACUGUAUUCAAUGAAUAUGUUGGUCCAGACAGAAGGGAAAGAACGAACAGCAUCAGAGUACAGCAAGCUCCUGGAGGCAGCUGGCUUUGGAGUGAUUCAAGUAAAGAGGACUGGAAAACUCUAUGAUGCUAUGUUAGGAAGGAAACAGUAGUAUGUGUUU